UCACAUGAUUUCAGGUAAAGAGAAACUGAAGUGUAGUUGAGCUGUUGUGUGUUUGUGUCUCUGUAUUCAUGCAGUAAAAUGGCAGAAGACAGAAUUUCUCAGGAUGCGUUCAAGUGUCCAGUGUGUCUGGAUCUCCUGAAGGAUCCAGUGACCAUUCCCUAUGGACACAGUUACUGUACGAGCUGUAUUACAGGCUGCUGGGAUCAGGAGGAUCAGAUGAGAGUCUACAGCUGCCCUCAGUGCAGACAGACCUUCAGUCCAAGACCUGCUUUAGCUAAAAACACCUUGCUGACUGAAGUGGUGGAGAAGAUGAAGAAACUGAAGAAGCGUAAACUUCCUGCUGACUGUUACGCUGGAGCUGGAGAUGUGCAGUGUGACGCCUGUACUGGAAGAAAACACAAAGCCAUCAAGUCCUGUCUGGUGUGUCUGAACUCUUACUGUCAGAAUCACCUUGAACAACAUGACAGUUUCUUUAAAGUAAAGAGACACAAAUUGACUGAUGCCACUGGACGACUGCAGGAGAUGAUCUGCUCAAAACAUGAUAAACUCCUUGAGGUUUUCUGCCUCACUGAUCAGAAAUGUAUAUGUGUGCUGUGUUUGGAUGAACAUAAAAACCACAACACUGUGUCAGCUGCAGCACAGAGGACAAAGAAACAGCACCAGCUGAAGAAGACGCAGAGGUCGUUCCAGCUGAGGAUCCAGCAGAGAGAGAAAGAUCUUCAGCAGGUGAGAGAGGCUGUGGAGUCUCGUAAGCGCUCUGCACAGACAGCAGUGGAGGACAGCGAGAAGAUCUUCACUGAGCUCAUCCGCUCCAUUGAGAGAAGGCGCUCUGAGGAGACACAGCGGAUCAGAGAUCAGGAAAAGACUGGAGUGAGUCCAGCUGAAGGACGACUAAAGCGACUGGAGAAGGAGAUCAAUGAUCUGAGGAGGAGAAAUGCUGAGCUGGAGCAGCUUUCACACACACAGGAUCACGUCCAUUUCCUGCAGAGUUUCCAGUCUCUCUCAGCUCCUCCUGAAUCUACAGACGUAAAUCAUGAGCCCUUCAGUCCUUUUUCCUCUUUUGAUGGUGUGAGAGGAUCUGUCCGUCAGCUGAGAGACAAACUGGAGGAUUUCUGCAAAGAGGAGCUCAAGAAGAUCUCUGACAGAGUCACUUUCACCAACAUUGUUCCCAGGACCAGAUACGACUUCUUACAAUAUUACCAUCAGCUCACUCUGGAUCUGAACACAGCACAUAAAUACCUGCGUCUGACUGAGGAGAACAGAGUGAUUACUCUCACUAACACAGUCCAGCCAUAUCCUGAUCAUCCAGACAGAUUUGAAGGGUGUCAGGUGUUGUGUAGAGAGAGUGUGUGUGGACGCUGUUACUGGGAGAUUGAGUGGAGUGGGCAUCAUGGUGUGUAUAUAUCAGUGUCAUAUAAGAGCAUCAGCAGGAAGGGAAAGGGUAAUGAGUGUUGGUUUGGGCGUAAUGAUCAGUCUUGGAGUUUGCUCUGCUCUUUCUCCAAUACCUCAUUCAGACACAAUAACAUAGAGACAAAACUCCAUGUAGAGUCCAUCAGCAGUAGAGUAGGAGUGUAUGUGGAUCACAGUGCAGGAGCUCUGUCCUUCUACAGCGUCUCUGACACAAUGAGCCUCAUCCACACAGUCCAGACCACAUUCACUCAGCCGCUCUAUCCUGGGUUUAGGGUUAAUAUUGGAUCAUCAGUGAAUCUGUGUUAAUGAAUCAGAUUAGACUAGAGAGAUUCGACAGCUGCACGAUAAAUCAGUAACAGUGAGAUGUUAUAGAGUCUCUUAUUUUCUCUUCAUUACAUGAAUACUACAGCUGAACUAAUACUGUCAGUGAAAUAACGUCAAAAUAAAUGUGUGUAAUGAAUCCUCAUAUAGACAGUAAGAUCAGUGUGUGUGAGUCACGAUGAGUGACGGUGUGUAUCUGUACUUUUUCUCAAGCUCUAUUUGUGUUGAUGGAAUCACACACAGGAUUUAUUAAAAUGUUAUUCAAUAAAAGAAAUUGUCAUGUGAAAUUUAUUAAUAAAUGUAAAAUACACUGCUCAAAAAAAAUUAAAGGAACACUUUUUAAUCAGAGAAUAGCAUCAAGUCAUUUAAACUCCUGGGAUAUUGAUCUGGCCAGCUGAGUAGCAGAGGGGGUUGUUAACAGUGGUGUAGACUAUUUUUUUGGAGUGAGUAUACUGUGAUUUUAUCUUUUCCCACACCUAGCCUCAUACUCACCUGUCCCAGAACGACACCCCAUAAGCAAAACCACACUCACUAAUGCAUAUAGUAUGCAUCUGAUCUAGGCUACAUGUAAUUGAGAGCAUUCUGAAAGACUGCUUAUGUGUGUUUUAUCACCAUGUCAAUGUAUUAUAAGCAACACAAGACUUUAACAGCCAAUGACAUUUAUAGCUGAAGAGACUCUGGACUGAUUUUCUACUGUUUAGUGUCAAUUAACAUCUAACUCAGCCACUUAAGAUAGCCUUAGAUGUUAUAUGAAUAUGGUCCCUGGAUCAUAGGUUUUAUCAGCUGGCAAGUUUUAAUGCACAUUUAAGAGUGCAAGUUGCAACUAUUAUUACACUAAAAAAUGCUGGGUUAAAAACAACCCAAGUUGGGUUAAAUAUGGACAAACCCAGCAGUUAGGUUAAAUGUUUGCUCAACCUACUGGUGUCAUGAAUAUGGCUCCCACGGUUCAUCCUCCGGACCGCCGGAGGGAGCCAUCACCGGAAUAUUGACUCUCUGCCAUUCGGCCAUUGCCAUUGACACCCCUGCCUGUCCCUGUUUACGGUAUUGCUCUGACCUUGUCUGUAUCUCUGCUAUUGUGAAUAAAGCUGCAAAUG